AUGUUCCAAUUUAUCAAAGACUCAUUUGAAUAAGUGGCAUCUAAAGUCAAAUAAAGUGGAGCUCCUUCCAAUUCAAUUAAAGUCAACUUAACUCAAUUUGAAGAUCAUUAGUCAUCCUUUUAAACUGCCAUUUAUUAGAAGUAUUUGAAACAAAAGUUAAUCAAUAAAUUGAAUUAAGUAAGAAAUCAAAAGAUUAUCAAAAAAUUAGUUUGUUGGCAAAAAAGUGUUAGUCAUAGAUCAAUUUAUUGCAGAUAUGCUUAAUUUGGUUGUUGAAUCAAUGUAGAUUUUGAAAGAAAAUGGUGUUGAUUAAAUAUAUUAUAUUGAUUCUGAUUAAUUAGAUGUAGAAACUAAUUAGAUUAUAUUUUUUGUUAAUCCUGAUAGAUAAUAUAUGAAACGAAUAGUAAGAAUAAUCAGAAAUAAUUAACUUGCAAAUUUUAAUAAAAAAUAUCUACUAAUCUUUUGUCCUCGAUUGAAUAUUGUAUGCAAAGAUUAUUUAGAAAAAGAAGCAGUUUUAGGGGAUCUAAUCAUAACUAAUUUUAAUUUUGAUUUAAUACCCUUAGCAAAUGAUUUACUAUCAUUAGAUAUGAAUAAUUGUCUUAGACCAUUAUAUAUUGGAUAAGAUAUGUCAAUUUUAUAAACUGUAGCUGAGUCUAUAUAUAGAAUGGAAUUAGUGCAUGGCAAAUUUAAGAAUAUAUAUGCUAAAGGAAAUUUCUCAAAAUUUGUCAUUGAUAUACUAAAAUAAAACAAACAAUAAGGUGAAUUGAUUAAGGAUGAACUUAGUUUUAAGGAAUCUAAAAUGCAUACACUUUUGAUCAUUGACAGAAAGAUAGACUUUAUCACUCCUAUGCUUACUCCAUUUACAUAUGAGGCUUUGAUUGAUGAAGUGUUUUCUAUCAAAUAAAAUUCCAUAUAAUCUAGAUAUUAUUAAAAAUGAGAUAGACCUAAAACAAUGAACUUAAUGAUUCUUAUUACAAUAAAAUCAAAAUUAUGAAUGUUAAGUAAUGUCAAAGGAUUCUUGAAGAUAAGAGACAAAAUAACAAAUAAAUGAUUUAAUCUAUGAAAUAAUAAGAUAAUAAAAUGAAUAUGAGUGAUAUGAAUUAAUAUCUUACUAAAUUAAGAUUACUACCAAAAGAAGAAAAAAUUAUUCUUGACCGUAACAAUUUACACUAUUACAGAUCUUAUUAUUAGUUAACAUUUAAGUAAAUAGUUAGAAUCCAUUUUAUUUAAUAUGUGCGUUAAUUAAGAAGUUCAUGCAAUACUUUACACUAAGUAAUCAUAAGUUGAAUAAAUGAUUGAAAAUCUUAUUUCCUUUGGUGCCCCAAUAACUAAAGUUAUUCGAUUGUUAAGUCUUUACAAUUAAAUCUUUUACAUAUUUAUGGCACAGAACACAUUCUGACACUUGAAAAUUGUGAAAAAAUUGGUUUAAUUGGAAAAAAAAUAAAUGAUACUCAUAUAUGGGAAAAAAUUGAAAAACCUUUGCGUCUAAUUAAUGAAGAUAUUGAUCAUGCUCCAGAGGAUUUUUCUUAUGUUUUUUUGGCAUAUGCACCUAUAAUGUAAUUUUUUACUUAUUAAUGAGAGUUCGAAUUUUCGAAGAACUACUCUUAAAAAAUACUUGGGGACCAUUGGGUUGACAAGCUUUAAAAGAAAUACCUGGUGAAACAGUUAUGCAAUAAAAUUUAAAUUAAAAUAAAGUUGAAGAAUUUAAAGAUGAUAUAAAUUAAAUUUAUGUGAUUUACAUUGUUGGAGGUAUCACAUAUGGUGAAAUUGCAGCAAUUCGUUGGCUAGGAUUAUGAUACAGUAAUUAAAUCUCUUAUUUCUUAGAAAA